GGCGCGCGGAGGCUCAGUCCGUGACAGACCGUCGUUGCGAUAGGAUCGUGCGCCGCGCAUCCCGUACUGCGCAUCAUAAUCGCAACCGCUCGCUCUCUGUCAUCCCAAACGGCUCGCGGAUAUAUGACACUGAGAACGUUCGCUUUUUAAAAUCAGUCGGCGCGCACACCGCGUCGCUGCUCGUGCUUUCCGAGUGACGUUGCUUUUCUUGCGAACGUGUAUAGCAUUGCUUUAGUACAUAUAUAUAUUUAUGUGGUCGUGACCCAGUGCGCUCGGCAGUCUGUGAAUAAAUGUGCGUCAAUCAAAACAACCGAUGCUAGUGCGUGAGUGCGUGUUUUACUGUACGCGUAGUCUCUGUCUAAUACCAUUUCUUCCGCGACACAUAUUUAGACGCUGACCUAAAUCUCAUACGUUUGGCAAUACCAACAACUGAACGACGUUAAUCUUCGCGUACGAUAAUGCCAACUCGCUCGAUGCCGAAAGUGGAACACUCUGACUGAUAACGAAACCCUGGCUCUCCGGCUACGUGUUUCGUCUGACCUGGAUUUACACAUCUCCGAUCUACACGCAAUUCUUAUGCCAGCACAACUACCGGGAUCUAUCACGUUGAAACCAUGAACCUCCAUACCUCCCACGGUGCUGCUGCCGGUUAACAAUCACUGUGGACGUUCCCUUUUGUGCGAUCCUAACCUGGUUUCUACCGGGUACGCGAAUCUUUCGGUAUAUUUGACGUUUUCGUAUUUCAUUGCGACGGCCCAGGGUGCUCGUGUCUGUUACACUCGACGAAGAUGCACCAGGACGAUCACGGAUACCCUCGUAAAAAUUCUUGACAGUGAAUCCUAGCUAGUGCGUGUUGUUUCUUUUGUUCGUUCGCGUCAAAGAACUCCUUGUAUCUCGGAAACACGUGCUGUCUCUCGUACGUGCAUCAAGUCCCGACUGUUUCUAAACUCGACUCGCUCGAGACUGUACUUUGGAGAAUAGUGCAUUCCUUGUUUUUACAUAGAGGAUAAUUAAAACUUCCUGCCACACCGAAGUUCGAUACUCGAGACAUUUCUGUGAUCUUCAUGAUCUCGAAGCCAGCACCGAUGCAUCGACGAUACGUUGGAUUCAAAAAGGCAUUAAGGAACAAUCUCAAUCUCGAAAGACUUUCUAUAUCGCGCAGUGUCAAUCGACUGCGUUAUCAUUACCUGUACUUGAAAUAAAUUCAAGGGUAAAACGUGUUUACACACGCGCAUAUAUCCCUGCAUACAAAUUGUUCGAAGAAACAUUCUUAACGUCGAUCCGCACGACUGUCGGACCUUUUUUAAGUCUCGUCGGAUCCCGCGAACGAUAAACAAGGUUAAUCAAGGCGAUAUAUCGUGGAUUCGAGAAAUCGGCAAGGUACCAAGGUAGAACGGGGUGAAAUGCUACAGACUGUGCCGAGGGUUCCCAUGGCGGGAGUGAAGCGCCGCUGGGGCGGUAGGAUCGGCAGGUUACAGGAAUCAAGUCCAGAAGUUUCGAGCAGCGGCGUCCUCUCGCCGCCGCCACAUUUUCAUUCGUCCGCACCUGAAAAUUCUCUACGCACCGAGGACCUUCAGCUGUGGGAUUUGGAUCUGCAUCGCGGACUGCAAUCCAAUGCCAACGUUAACCAAACUGGCGUCGUCAGCUCUGUGGUUACGACCGCCAUUAACACCGUCACAGCAGCUACAACCACGACAAGCACUGCCAAUCCUACUGUACUUUCUACUGCAGAUCCCACCUCGCCGUGUCCCAUCAUCAUAGAAGGAAGGGACGAUCUGUCACCGCCAAGCUCGUUAAACGGCUACAGUGCAGACAGUUGCGAUGCGAAGAAGAAAAAGGGCCCGACGCCACGGCAGCAGGAGGAACUGUGCCUGGUGUGCGGGGACCGAGCCUCCGGUUACCACUAUAACGCCCUGACGUGCGAAGGGUGUAAGGGCUUCUUUCGAAGAAGCAUCACCAAGAACGCAGUGUACCAGUGCAAGUACGGUAACAACUGCGAGAUCGACAUGUACAUGCGUCGCAAGUGCCAGGAGUGCCGGUUGAAGAAAUGUCUAACGGUGGGCAUGCGACCAGAGUGCGUGGUACCGGAAUACCAGUGUGCCGUGAAACGCAAAGAGAAGAAGGCCCAGAAGGUAGGGGAGAAAGAUAAACCAAACAGUACAACGAUGAACGGGUCACCCGGUGGUUUGACCGGAAUGGCCGCGGAUCAGACGGGGGUGAAAAUGGAGCCUGCAGAAGCCGAAUCCUUAUCGAUGUCGGGAAGCAGCAGUGGUAGCGGAGCUGGCACUGGGACUCUGGCCUCCCACAACGGCGUCAAACUCGUCAGUCCUGAGCAGGAGGAGCUUAUACAUAGGCUCGUUUACUUCCAGAAUGAGUACGAGCAACCCAGUGAAGAGGAUCUCCAACGGAUCACGAAUCAACCGAAUGACGAAGAGGAGCCGAGUGACCUUAGGUUUAGGCACAUCACCGAGAUCACGAUACUAACUGUCCAGCUGAUCGUGGAGUUCGCUAAAAGGUUACCGGGCUUCGAUAAACUCCUCAGGGAAGAUCAGAUUGCCCUGCUGAAGGCGUGCUCGAGCGAGGUCAUGAUGUUCAGGAUGGCACGUAAAUACGACGUGCAGUCCGACAGUAUCAUCUUCGCGAAUAAUCAGCUUUAUACCCGCGACAGCUAUAGCCUAGCCGGUUUGGGCGAGACGAUCGAGGACCUUCUACAGUUCUGUCGACAGAUGUACGCCAUGAAGGUUAACAAUGCCGAAUACGCUCUGCUGACGGCCAUCGUCAUAUUCUCAGAGAGGCCGAAUCUACUGGAAGGCUGGAAAGUGGAGAAGAUCCAAGAGAUCUACCUCGAGGCCCUUAAAGCUUACGUGGAAAAUCGACGAAAGCCUAAAUCGGGUAUGAUCUUCGCGAAGUUACUCUCGGUCCUGACGGAGCUGCGCACCCUGGGCACAAAGAACAGCGAGUUGUGCUUCAGCCUGAAACUCAAGAACAAGAAGCUGCCUCCCUUCCUCGCGGAGAUCUGGGACGUGGUCUCCUAGUUUACCUUCGCCGCUUCGAGUUGUCGUCGGCUAAAGUAUGUGUCACACGGCGCUUGUGACUUUUAUACUAGUGCACCACUAUGCCACUGCCUCCGCUUGUCGUUGCCCCAACGAAAAUACGACUCAUACGGCGAGUCCCUCACUUUCGUUGGGGUUGGCUUUCUUUUUCUCGUCGAGCGAUAACGACCGACAGCAAGGACGGAAGGAAUAUAAAAAGGCGUAAACGCGAUCGGCAUGAUCGGUUACGUGAAAAGCAGUGGCGAGGCACGCAGGCUGUGAUACGUAGAGACAGUACAGAGACUAUAAGGAGCUAUACUUAUAUUACUGUAUCUCCUCCUUGGCUACCCCUGAUAUCGAUAUGUAAAUGUAAUGUAUAUGUGUAAGGCGUACAUAAGGAAAACGAGACAGUGUGACUGUGAGACGAGACCAGAGGGUACGAAAGCAAGGGGAAAGAAAAGAGUAUAUGGUGAUGUAAAGAAAGGAUGCGCGAAACGAAGCCGAAGAAGAACCGAGAGAGAGAGAGCGUAUGCAAGCAGAUGGUUAGGACUGCGUAUGAGCACUGUUGAGCAGUGCGUUUGAGAGGAUACGAGCGCGAAUAUUGAUAUACAUAAUAAUACGAUAGAGUCUAUAUCACACACAUAGCAUAAUAAUAUAUUGCUAGUAUGUACAUUGUUUAUACGAGCGUGCGAAGUAAUGAGAAAGAUCGAGAUAUAUCGAGGCGCUGCGCAAAUUGUGAAUUUGAAUAAUCGAGAAUAGAAAAGAUAUAUAGAGUGAGAGUACGUAUACCAGAGAACAAUACAUAGACCGGAUAGGGCGGAAGAGGGAAAGAGAAAUUCAAAGGAGAGGAUUUAAGAGCGAGAGGUAUGGAAGAAGAGAGAAUAUCGUUGUAGAAUGUAGAAACGUAAGUAUGUAAGUAAGCGAGGCUAGAAGGUAGUAGGUUGUAGUCAGUCAGCUAGGCUAGGUGACCGAGUCAAGUGCAAAGCCCUGUGCCUUCAGCAGCGGACAUCGGCUCACCGACAAACGAAAACAUGAAAUUUAACCGUCCGUUUUAAUUUUUUAAUAAAAUCAACAAAAUCGUAAAAUAUAAAUUUGAAAAGUUCAUAAGAUAACAUUAUUCUUAGGAGAAGGAGGCGGAGAAGGAGGAGCAAAAGAGGUGGGUGGGUAGGGUAAAGGAUUAGGAUGGAUAUAGGAGGGUUGGGAUAGGGGUGUGAAAAAAAAAGACGGAUCGGUUCAGCACAAAUUGUAAUUAUUAAUAUAUCAAGGCAUAACAGUCGUAGCAGUAGUGCUACGUUGACAGUGAAGAGUGCAAGUGACCUACGACAGAUACGAAGUUAAAGGCAGGCAGGUAGGCAGUGAGAUAACGAAUAACAGCGGGAAGUGAGAGCGAGAGAGGGGGGGGGGAAGAGUGUGCCUGUGACAUAAAAAUGGCAAAGAUACAGCAGGAGGGAAGGAGAUAAAAAAAAGUAGCGGGAUGAACGAAGAUGAGAAAGUAUUUGACUGGACACAACACGUGAGUUCUGCUUGAGGGCUCAUCCGAUAAGUUUAGCAUAAAAAGAAAGGUCAACUCGAUCGCUGAAGAAGCGAGAGCGCAGCAACCAUACCGAAUUAUCGAACCGUGUUGAUGUCUGUAAUCAAGGUCAUAUAAGGUAAAAAAAAAAAAGAUUCUCGAUGUUGUAACACUGUAACUCUAUGCUAUUAACUGAUGUAUGCAGCUGUAUUCCGUAGUAAGUACCAACGAGUAAUACGUCAUAAUUCACAUAACGUGUAUAACAUAAUGUGUAAAAUCAUACGGCGCCGCUGUUCAGCUGACGUAUCCCGGGAGCGAGAGAGAAUUGUUGCGUGAGGGAUCAGCGGAUAUGGAAGAGUAAAAUAUUACAAGGGGAAAGGAGCCGACAGUAGCAGAGGAGGAGGCAGAGAAAGCAAUGGGGGUGGGAAUAGCAACGAAAGCAGAUGAAGUAAAGAAAGUGAGGGGCGAGCAAUAAGAGGGUUUAAUUAAGAGCAAUCGGGGGAUACACGUAGACGACACGGGAUAGAGAUCGAACGAGGAGGGAAAAAAAAAAAACCAUUAACAAUUGUAAUGGCCGACGUCCAACGUUGCGCCAAGACUAUCAUCGCAUCGUUUCGUAUACUUAUCGUCAUUAAUGGUAAACGUAAUUGCGGCAUGUCCUUUUACAUUGUUUUGUCGGCCCCCGCCGUCCCGACGCCGCCCGAGUAAAGGCGGAUCUCGCAAUGUUCGAUAUAAAACCCCGUCGCGCGGCAAUUACGGCCGACUUAAAAAUGCGCCCGAAAGUGGCGGCACUGGGGCGGUCGCGGGUCCAAAUCCGGAUUAGAAGGAGAACUAACUACGUAACGCCGCAAGGCAGACACUGCCACACCACAGAGUGAACGCGUGAACACCAUGAUACCGCUAUAGAUGAAGAAGAAAAAAAAGAAAAAAAGAAAAGAAAAGAAAAGAAAACAUUUGUAAAACAUCACAGAACCACUAUCACCUCGACCGCCAUUUAACCACCACCGCCGUCACCUCCUUCGCCAUCUUUACAACAGUCACCGCAGCAUACCUCAUGUACUUCUAGAUCUACAUAAAAGUCAUCUUGUAGUACAACUGUACUGUGCAUGUAAAUCUACGUUUACUGGACUCAGCAAUUAUAAAUACGAGAGUGUAACGAAUAACGCGUACCGCCAUUUGCCUAGGCUUUUCUUUCGUGCCUGUAUAAAGAAGGGCUACCCAGUAAACGUGGCUCGCAUUAAGUCCUCGUAAUCAUAAAACGACAUAGUACGUAUUAUAUUAUUCCGCAUACGAAAUGCAUUCAUACACUUUACUCUUUAACCCACGUAGCUCUCAAUCAGUGUUUAUUCGAAUGGCCGAACCCGGUGAUCCCAGGCGUCUCAAACCACGUGACACGUCAUCGUCCUUCUUAAACACGAAACGACUAUUCAUUUAUCUCUCUUGCGCGUGCGCAGUCCCACACUUCCACGUAACACACAGAACACACGAGCGCGCCUUAAGAAGGUACAAUUCGCGUGAAAACGGCUUUACGAAAGGAAAGAAAGAAAAAUAUGAUAAAGAACAAAAUUUAAUGAAUUCAGAAUCGGAUACGGUCGGAUCAUUGUAAUUGGAUUUAGAUUGAAAAAUUAAACGUCAGGACGCAUCUCCAUGAAUUGUCGCGGAUCGUCGACGGCAGGCUAGCCUGUUUAGUCUCAUCUCGCAACACGGACUCGGAGAUUCGUUGAUCUGCUGUCAAUAUUACUACAUCUCGUCUCUUUCGCAUAAAUUCAAAUAAGACCUCAGCGCGGAGCAGUAACGUAGCAUUCAUUCUUCGCUUACUCGCAACUUUACGUGAAAUACGGAGCGAGCGUCUCAUGUGUAUACAUGAGGAAUUGAGACGAGAAUAAGAAAUUUGGAAAAAGUGGGGCGGUGGGGGAGGGAGGGGGAGGGGUUUGACAAAAAUUAAGGAAGAUAGAAAAAUACAUUUUUAGCAGCCUUACAAAACGUUAAUUAGUUCGAAUCACGCGUUCAUUUGUGUCGUUCAGUUAAAAGAAAGACGGAUGAUCGAAGCAAAAAUAUUAUUAUAUAAAAAAAAAAAAAAAAAAUAAAUCGCGAUUCUACGAUCACUGCCAAGGGCGUUACUGUUGACGUCGAGUUUCGCUGUCUAAUAGGUGUUGUCGUCAUCUUGAACCGCGCUCAAUGGCGUCAGCGCCGGGGACAUUGUUCAUAAUACUGCCAGUGUAGAGUCAAGUCUCUGUUUUUCAAACUAUAAUACUCUCUCCGACUACAAUUCGUCUUCGCGGAUCUGUCUAACCCUAAUUGUCCGAGUGUUUCGGUCCAUUUGCCUGUUUGCUUGUUCUCUCUUGGCUGCCUGUCGUUUGUUUGUCUCUUAUAUGUUUCUGUCUGUCUGUCUGUCCGAUCGAUUGUCUGUUCCGUAGUUGACAAUUAUUCCGCAAUCAUAAAAAAAAAAAAAAAAAAAA